AUGACAAUGACCGCCGCCGCCGUGCCCCCACCGCCGCCGCCGCCGCCGACCCUCUCGCUCUCGACGGACCGCUCCGAGCAGCACUCCUGCCCCAGCUGCGGUGUCGUCCUUGAACCCCCGCCCGCUCUCCUCGAGGCCCAGUCCCGCAUCGCCGACCUCGAGGCCCAGGUCCGCCUACUGAACCAAAAGGCCGCCGCCGCCGUUGACCGCUGGGCCGACUACGAGGACGAGCUCACGCGCCUGCGCAUCGCCGCCUCCCAGACCUCCACAUCUCCCGCCGCCGCCGCCCCCGCGCUGGCCCCGACCCCAUCGCCCACCCGCACGAGCUUCCUCUCCGGCGGCGCCAACAGACUAUCUCAGCUCCUCAGCCCGCGCGGCAUGAAGUCCACACCAAACUUGCGCGCCCCGUCGCCGCCACCCCCCGGCACCCCGGCCUCGACCGAGGACCUGCGCGAGGCGCUCAGCAGGGAGCAGAAUCUCCGCCUGGCGGCCGAGAGCCGCCUCAGCACGACGAGCCAGGAGGUUGAGGAGUUGAGCGUGAGCCUGUUCGAACAGGCCAACGAGAUGGUCGCAACGGAGCGUCGCGCGCGCGCGAGGCUUGAGGAACGGGUCGAGACCCUAGAGAAGCGCGACCAGGACAAGCGCCGACGUCUUGAGAGGCUCGAGGGCGCCGUGGGGCGCAUCGAGAGGGUGAGGUCGCUAUUGGGGGAGAUGAACGCGAAAGACGCCGGGGUGAGGGAGGCAGCGGAGCAGAAGAGGGCGUCGCAGCCGUGA